UGGGGGCCUCGUAGGUAGAAAUAUAGAAUACUAUAGCGUUGUGUAAAUAUUCAAGAGUUUAUGGGGCGGAUUGUAAUUUCGAGAAUAUUUUACGGAAGAAAUUUAAAUUUCAUUUCUUUGGCGCACAAAAUCAUUUCUUCUCUCAAGUCUCACUCCCACUCUUCUCUGUAAACAUUACAAGCCCUAAUAAGUUUUGAUCUUUUGAAUUCUAUCCAUCUCGCCAUGUCUUCCAAGGCGGGACCCACGCCCGGUGGCGAUGACCGCCAGCUGAACCAUACGGCGACGUCGGAGGAUGGCUGCGGUACCGCGUUGGAGAUGCGGAAGAAGAAGGCACGGAGAGUGAGCUUCGCGGAGAUGACUUCCGUGCACUUCUUCGACCGCGACGAGGAGGAGACUCCUCGAGAUUCCCUCGCUAUGGCGGGUGAGGGAAAUGCGGUUGAAGAGAACGAGCUAAGUUUCCCUCAAUUCGUCAAUUUGAAAGCCAACGAUGAUGGGGAGGAUGGAGAAGACGGGAAUGUGAGUGAUGACGAUGAGGAUGGAGAGCUUGCAAUGCGGAGGUCGUUCCUAAGGCCUAUGGAAUCUCCUUCUCCGGGCAGUACAAUUGGUUCUGCUACCUCAAAUGACGAUCAUUUUUUUGGCCCUGUAUCACCCAAUUUUAUAAGACCUGGACGGCUAUCAGAUUCUGCCGCUUCAGAUGACAAUCAUGACAUUACCAUGGAUUCAACAGCUUUCUCCAUGCAUUUCCGUAGCCUUGCUAGGUCAGAGUCAGGGGUAGACUUGAAGACCCCAACUGGCAUCCAUCUCUCCUUUGAAGAGAAAACACCAACUUGCACUCGAGGAAACUCCAUGGUGCUCACUGAAACAAAGAAGCCAAUUUCUAGUUCUUCUUUCCCUGCUGUUAUUGCAAGUGGAACUAGUGAUUCAAGUGAUAUGAGUCUGGUUGGUGAACAUUUGCAGAAGUAUGAGUAUGGUAGAUUGCCACCUGACUUAGAUGCACUUCUAGCGGAAGGAGAAAUGGAACUGGAUAUUGCACCAAGGUCAGAUAAUAUCAGUGCUUCAACGUUACCUACAAACGAGAAACCCAACCACUUAACAUUAGAAGAGGAUGGAAGUGGUCUUAUGGAUAUUAAUGAGAAUGGUAAGCAGGAAGCAGGUGCCACGGCUUUUAAUAACAUGCCAUCUGAGACUCUGGACAGGAUGCUGGAUAAGGCAAAUGGUGCUCUUGGACUAGCCCCUCUUUCUCAUGAUACCUAUGGUUCCUCAUUUCCUGUAUCCAAUCCUCCAGAUUCUGGCAUUUCAGUUGAUAAUGGAACUUUGUUGUCUAAUCAAUUAAGUAAAGACAAGCUAAUCCAUAACAAUAUGGAGGCUUCUUUUGAUGCUUCUGAGGACUGGAGAUCUGAGAAGCUUUCUUCAGUUAAUUGUGACACACUGUUGAGUCCAGAUAGUAGGCUUCAUGUUCAUGGACGCACUCAUAAAUUGAAAUCUCCACUGACAGGGUUUGUAUCACCUUCACCUGCUAAGAGAAGACUAAUACUCACAGGAAGCUCUGCACAAAAAUAUCGUUCUAGGGUAAUUUCUGCUCAAGAUGAUUCCUUUAUUGGAAAAGAGAAUAUGAUAUCCCUGGUGAGCUCCGCAUCCAUUCAAAGAAGCAUUUCCAAACUUGAAAGGCUCAAGGCUUCUGCAUUUUCUUCUGCUAUGGGUGAUAGAAUUGAUGAUGUGCUUGUUAGAUCAUUGGAGUUUAUAAAAACACCUCCUAUUAGUUCUAACUUGGAGAAAGUUAAUGAAGAUCUCAAAGAGAAGCUUGCGGAUAUUCCUAUCAUUUGUGCAGAAGAGCAAUUCUCGGAUGUUGCUCAGAUAGAAGGACAGGAAAGACAAUCAUUCGGCAUGGACAGUAAAAGUUUCAAGGCUUUGGCACAUGAUGAAGGGAAGAAUUAUAGUCCAUUGAUAUCAGAAGACCCUAAGGGGAAGAUGUUAUUUACUUCUAGAAUAGAUUCCCUCCAAGCUGAAUUUAUAGGAGAAAAACAAGCAACUGGUACCCCUCAACAAAUUCAUUUUUCUCCAGGAAAAUCCUCGGAAAAACUGUCGUCAACAUUGCAAAAAUUCCUGUGUAGCCCAAAUGGAAAAUCAAGGUUGCUUGAUCAGCAGAAGGUAAGCAGUGUUCUGAAUGAGACUUGUGAAACUGCUACGCACUCAAAAAAUGACCUUUCUAUGGGUGUAGUUGACUGUGUUCUUUAUGACCCUGCUUCUUGUUUAAUUGAGAGGAACUCAAAUGGGCCAUCACUGGAGACUCCUGAAAGUCUUACGCAUGGUUCAGGAAGGAAAGAUCUUCAACCACAGGAACUUAAUAAUAGUAAACCUUUCUCUGUGACUCAAGAUCUACAGCUUGCCACACAUAACAUGCUUGAUGGAUCUAGUCAUAAUUCUGCUCAAGAAAGGGGAAACAACAAAUUAUUGGUUGAACACAGAGAAAGUCAGGAUGAAAUUAUCACAUUGCAAAGGAGUCCAAAAUUACAAAAAUAUCAGAGUGUAGAUAUCUCAUCUCGUCCUGAUGAAGUGUGCAGUGGAAACCUUAUAGUUGGCACUGAACUUAAAUAUUUGAGUGAUAUAAAGUCAAAAUUCAUGGAAAAUGUAGAUCAAUGGGCAUCUUUGUCAAUAGGGAAACUUAAUGUACAUGAGUUGCAGAUUGACAUGCUUCAGGAAUUCAUACCUUACAUGCAAAAGUCAAAAACAUAUGAGACAUUGCACCAUGAACUUCUCUCUCAGAAAACAUCUGCUCCUCAAAAUCUAAAGGAGAAAAGGAUAGCUGAAGCAAGAUUGCUUAUGUGUCGGGUCAUGUAUGAGAAGGCAAAGUUGCACUUGAUGCGUGUGAAGCAGGAGAAGCUACAGGAAAAAUUUCAAACCAUAAGCUCUGGGGUUCAAGAAUGUAAAUCUUUGAAGUUGAAUUCUUUGCCUCAACUAUCUACAAAAUUUGCUAAAGACCUCCAUAUUGAUGUACUUUGUCUGCAGAGGUCUUUUGUUAAUCUAAAUGGAAUGCAAGAGGUGGCUUGUAACAAAGUGAGCACUAUGAUGCAGGCCCUGGAAGUUUCAGACAAGAAAAUUACAAAUUUGAAUAAAUAUUUUCACACUCAUUUUAAAAUGAAAGGAGAACUAAAUUGUAAUGAUACCAUUGCCUUGGUUAAGGACUAUUUGGUGAAGAGAAAAUGUUGCAGAUUCUUCGGUCAGGAGAUGCAGAUGGGUGUUAUUCACAACAUGUGGAGUAGUGCUGGUCAUCACACUGUUGUCCUCAACUACCUUGGUAUCCUGAUUCAAAGUUUGAAAAUAGUUGCUGGUUCAACUUCAAGCAUUAUCAUUUCUAAUGAACUCAAUGAUAUGGCUAUCACAAAGAGUUUCCCAAAUAUGGAUGCUUGCUCUGUAUUUGCAUUUGUGCUGCCAGGCGAGAUAUCCAGGAAGUAUGUUGGUGCUAGAAGUCUAGCUCAAGAAGUACAGAUGACUCAGUCCCUUUUAGGCAAUUUGGUUGAUGUGGUUGAGGAGGUACAGUUGGCGCGUAUAGAGCUUUGCAACCUGAUUGAUACUCGCUUUUGUUCUCCUACUGCUGGAGACCUUGAUCUGCAACUUCAUUUCAUCAGUUUUAAGAGUGGCAUUAAAGUGAAAGUAACACUUGGCUUAUCGUUCUUGAAUAGAGGGAUCUAUCCUUGGGCGAUCAUCCCAUGUGUGUGUGCAGCUGGAGCUGAUGGGACAGAUGAAGCAAUUGUAGGCGAUGUUGAAAAUGCAUUGAAGAGUGUUAAACCAGGUUAUAUGAGAAUUAUACGGUUAUGUAGGUGUAUUUCCAGCGCAAUUCGAUCUGCGAGCUGGUGAACUUACUGGUCACAAGAUCUCGGGGAUAGAUGAGAUGGUGCAAGUUGGGUAUACGUUAGGAUCUUCUUCUAUGAUAGAAAGGAGAGUAAUUUGGCUGUGUAUGAGUAUGAGUUGGUGAAUAUAUUGAUGAUUAGUGCAGUUUUGUAAGAGUAGCUUGUUGUUGAAUGGUUUAUGAUUUCAGUUGUGUAAAGAAUAAUAGUGAUGAUGGUCAAUUGUUUGAUCGAAAAGUAAGAAUUGUAUUAUAUCUGCACUUUUUGUUGUC